AACCGAAAGUGCUAGCUAAUAGGUCCGAAAUAGUAUUUUUAUUGCACACCGCAAAAAUUUUGCGUUAACCAAAUUUAUAACCACACUAGACAUGGCUUCUUAUCGCAGCAUCGGCAGUUGCAUGCGUCGAGUGUACUUUAGAAAUUCUCAACAAAUUGCGGAAUUAUCACGUAACCUUGGUCAAAAACGUUUGCUUUCAAAUGCCGCAUCGCAGCCGAAACGUUCGACUGGCCCAAGUACUAUCAAGUUGGCCGUGUUGGGAACAACAUUAGGUGCUACCGGUGGCACUGUUUAUUCGCUGUAUUUAAAUUGGAAAGACAAAAAUUCGCAUAUGGAGCAUGAGCGUACACCACCGGCCAUUAUAAAUGAAUUUCCGUCAAGUGUUAAAAUAACCAAACGUUUUGUUAAUCCCAAAGAUACAUCUGGACUCGAUAUAACACUCUUCCAGUUUCAAACCUGCCCAUUUUGUUGCAAGGUUAGAGCUUUCUUGGAUUUUAUGGGCAUCUCAUACAAGGUGGUGGAGGUUGACGCCGUAUUAAGACAGGAUAUUAAGUGGUCGGAAGUGAAAAAGGUACCUAUGGUGCUGAUACGUCAGCGUGAUGGACGUUACGUACAAAUGAGUGAUUCAAGUGCAAUUAUUUCAUUGAUUGCCACCUACUUGAACGACAAAACUAUGGAUAUUGGAGAAUUGGCUCAGUAUUAUCCAGCAAUAUCAUUUUUCGAUGACAAUCAAAAGAAGCAGAAUGAUAUUAUGAACAAAUACUUCCAAAUGUAUCAGGAUCGUACACCCAAGGGACAUACUAAGGAGAUGGAAGAAUUAGAACGUAAAUGGCGUACAUGGGCUGAUUCCCAUCUCGUACAUUUAAUCUCCCCAAAUUGUUAUCAAUCUUUGGGGGAAGCUUUUGAGACAUUCGAAUGGUUCUCACAAGCCGGUGAAUGGGAUAUCCACUUUCCGAAAUGGGAACGUGAUCUAAUGGUUUAUGCGGGAGCAACGGCCAUGUGGGGCAUUGCUAAAAUCUUAAAAAAACGUCAUCAACUUACGGAUGAUGUGCGUUCCCAUAUUUACGAUGCUUGCAAUAAGUGGACAAAAGAGGUGGAAAAACGUAAUACCAAAUUUUUGGGUGGUAAUCAACCCAAUUUGGCGGAUUUGUCGGUAUACGGUGUUUUAAGCAGUAUGGAAGGUUGUCAAGCGUUCAAGGAUUGUGUACAAAAUACAAAAAUUGGUGAAUGGUUUUAUGGUGUCAAGCAAUUGAUUCAACAAAAUCGCGGCAAUUUAAUACGUGAACGUAUUGAGGGUGAAAUGCCCACAAUGUUAAGUGCUAUUACCAACUAAUUAUGAAUAUGUCUUCAAACAUAAAUAUUUAUUUAUAUUUUUAAUAGCUAUAAUUUUAAACGAAAUAUUUUUUAACAGAAAUGUUGAACCAAAUAAAACCAACUAUUAAUCAACUAACGUUUCUAAUAAUAACAA